GUACGACUCAGAAGGAUGUGGUUGAGUGUGAGAUAACGAAGCAAAUUAGGUGGAAGGAGUUGCGCUGCUGUCUGCACAACUGCGCAGCGGAACUUUAUAACUAAAACAAGUGGGCUUGUCUGGUUUUUAACAUUCUUUUGGGGAGCGGGGGGGGAUGUGAUGGAUUUGUGACAAGGAUUUGAUGACAGAAGAUGGAAGAGAGCUUUGAGAUGAGGACAUCCUGGUCACAAAGAGCAGGAGAAACGCAGUCCACCACAGCCUGUGACCAUGCCGGAAAGAAGAGAAAACAAGACUCGACUCCUGAACCUGUGAUCAGAAUCACAGAGGAGGAGGAGGAGGAGGAGGAGGAGGAGGAGGAAGAGCAAGAGCAAGAGGAGGAUGAAAUGUUGCCCCAGCAAAUGAAUGACUCAGAGGAGCCCAGCAACAAACGGGUCAAACCAGUGGUCAAGUCAAACAGCCUAACAGGGGUCAUCACCCCGGCGAAGACCCCUGCUCUCAAACGCAUCGGACAGUCCAUCUCGCGCUCCAUCAGUUUUCGAACAGAGGCUCGGCCUUUGCCCGCGCCGCCCCUGCGCUCGCGCACAAAGGGCACCUCGUUUCCACGGAGGCGCAACAGCCAGUGCUGGAGCGACACGGUGGAGAGUCACAACCUCACUGCCAAGGAGAUCAAACGUCAAGAGGUCAUCUAUGAGCUGACUGAGGGGGAGCGACAACUCAUCGAGGACCUCAGUCUUGUUAAGAAGGUGUACUAUGAGCCCAUGCUGAAGCUGGACAUCAUGUCCGAGAGUGAACUCCGGCAGAUUUUUGGCACUCUGGACUCCCUCAUUCCUCUCCAUGAAGAUCUGCUAAGCCGUCUUGAGCGUCUGAGGGGGUCGAAGAAAACUGUGGGCGAGGUGGCUCCCACUCUCAUGAAUUGGUUUCCUUGCCUGGAAGCCUAUGUCACAUACUGCUGCAACCAGGUGGAGGCCAAAGCGCUGCUGGACCACAAGAAGCACGAGAAGCGAGUGGAGCAGUUCUUGCGCCUGUGCCAGGAGUCGUCGUUUAGCAGGAAACUGGGCCUCUGGAACUUUCUGGAUCUCCCUCGAAGCCGUUUGGUGAAAUAUCCUCUUUUGCUGAAAGAGAUUCAGAAGUGCACACCUGCUGAGCAUCCCGAUGAGUUUACAUUGCCUGAUGCAUUGCAAGUGAUCCAGAGCAUUGUGGCGGAGGUGAACAAAAAGACUGGUGAAGCUGAGUGUCAGUUCUACCGGCGGGGGCUCACCUACCUCGAAGAUUGCCAGAGACUUCCCGAGAUCCAGCAGUCACGCUUCCUCUACUGCCACGGGGAGCUCAAGAACAAUAAGGGCCAGCGUCUGCGUGUGUUCCUGUUUGAGCUGGCUCUGGUGCUGACCAGACCGGGAGAAGACCGGGAAGGAGGCCACGUCUUCCAAGUCUACAGGCAACCUCUUCCCAACGCCUCCUUAAACCUGGAGGUGAUCCCAGAUGGGGAAGUGGCCGGCGGGGGUUCCUUCAGAGGAGCUUUCACGGGGGGCAAUGACAAAGUGAAAAACUGUUUUCGCGUAAGCAGCAGGGGGCGCUCCAAGGCCCACUCCUACAGCCUGCAGGCCAACGACUCCUUCAGCAAGCAACAGUGGGUCACGUGUCUACGCCAGGCCGUGGUCCAGUCUCGAGACAGGAAGGCCCAGAGCAGACAGUCGGUGGCGCCUCCGCACUCUGACCCCACUCUGUGUCACAUCGCCGACCUCAGCCUCAGCUGCGACGCCGACAUGGCCGACGUCACCGGCCGCUGAGCCGUUGCGCGGGCGGCCUCUUGCGUGUCUCUUGAGUUGUGCAAUGGGCUUUUUGUUCCCUUUUGGAUGACCCACCCCUCCCGCCCACUGAAUGGCUUUACCUUGUACAGCUGUGGAACCAUCUUACUGAAUGUACAUUUACCGUGUGUGAAUCUUUUUUUAAUUAAUAAACGCCAAAGUUUGUUCAUGAAAGUGCUACGCAGAGAUGUGGUGUCUAAGUACAAAGCCGUCGAGAAGGAGCGAGAAAAGAUUAGAGAUGAUUAUCCUCCCUCGCCUUUCUCCCUUACCCACUUUCUUUGACGCCAGCGACGGAGCAGGACACGGACGUAGACUUUCAUUUAGCCUGCACACACACACACACACACACACACACACACACACAGAGAGUGAAACAGUAGCCAUGCCCUCAAUGCAUUUUUCAAAGCUCAGCAGGUGAUGGGAACAGUUAGGUCGGGACUUUGUGUUCGCAGAUGAGCUUGGCCAAGUGAUCAGGUGAGUCCGAAAUGUUUCUUUACCGAGGUUAAUGAUAUUUAUUUUUUCGCCCUCUCAAAACUAUAUUUCGUGUACAUAAUAUUCAGCUUUGAAUUUUGUGGUCAGAGCCUGAUUCGAUUUGCUUUGCAAGACGUGAUCGUGAAAAAGAACCUUCAGUCACGACGGAUCAGCUGGAUUUAUUUGAGGCUACUCAUUUUAUGCUUCAUCCUGUUUUGCAUUUGCAGAGACAAGGGAUCGUACCCUGCUGUGCUUCAGUCAUUCAAAAAGCCGACGAGGCUUAUGAGCUACCACCUUAUUCCGGUCACCUUUCCCCCGCACGUGAAAGAACAACCCCCGUGCCCGAGAGCCUCGUCGGUCGACGCGUCAGGAUGCCCGGAGCCGACGGCGCCGAGGAGGGGGGUUCGUGCAAGGCCUUGUGUCGAAACCUG